CAUGACAACCUCAAACGUUUGUAGCCACAGCGACAGUUUCAGCAAUCACCAACAUUCAACCUCUUUCUCAAAGCUCCUAAUGUCUGUUCUAACCAGAUUCCAUGCAGGCUACUUCAGAAUAAGCCUUUCCCUCGGAAGCCAAGCAUUACUGUGGAAGACGGUAAUGACAUCGGCACAAGACAAAACCACUCUACCGCACGUGCUUUCCACGCUUCCUUCAGUGGCUGUCUAUGCACUCUGGUCUUUCUCCCUUUUCACUCUAGUGUUACUCUCCCUCCUCUACCUCCUAAGAUGCUUUUUUUUCUUUAAGAUGGUGAAGGCCGAGUUCUUGCACCCUGUGGGGGUUAACUACUUCUUCGCCCCCUGGAUUUCGUGGCUUCUCUUGCUUGAAUCAGCGGCGUUCGUGGCGCCCAAAACCACCUUGUACAUGGUUCUGUGGUGGGUGUUUGCGGUGCCGGUGGUGGUGCUUGACGUGAAGAUCUACGGACAGUGGUUGACGAAGGGGAAGAGGGUUUUAUCCUCUGCGGCGGGGAAUCCGACGAGCCAGGUGUCAGUGAUAGGGAACUUGGUUGGAGCACAGGCUGCUGCGCACAUGGGAUGGAAAGAGUGUGCGUUGUGGUUGUUUUCGGUGGGGAUAGUGCAUUACGUGGUGCUGUUUGUUACGCUUUAUCAGCGAUUAUCGGGUAGAGAUGGGGUUCCAGUAUUGUUAAGGCCAGUUUUGUUCUUGUUCAUUGCAGCGCCUAGCGUAGCAAGCUUGGCUUGGGAAUCCAUUGUUGGAACCUUUGACACUGCUUCCAAGAUGCUCUUCUUUCUAUCCAUUUUCCUAUUCCUCUCACUGGUAAGAUUAGUUCCUCUACGUGUGCUGUUCAAAAAUUAUUCUCCAAAGGACUUUGAUAACUGA